AUGGGCAGAUUUCGACCUUUACCGGCUUUUCACCCGAAUGUUGUACGUGUCCUAACUGCGUUUGUUGAUCGUAUGCCGAUUUUGGAUGACGCCAAACUUGUCUACCCCGAUGCGCUUCCAUCGGCUCCGUUCUAUGAGAUGAUUAUUAAUGAACCCAGAACAAUGUUCGUGGUGAUGAAGAGUUAUCACGUAGCCCGUGUUCUAUUCGGUCAGCUCUUGGAAGGAUGUGUAUUCCUCUACGAGAAUACUGUUUCACAACGAGAUAUGAAGAGCGACAAUAUUUUGCUGGAAUUCAAUUGCCCCGAUGAAGUCCCUCACCUUGUUAUUUCUGAUUUCGGGUGUGCUCUGGCGACAGGUAGUUGGGUCGUCAAGUAUGUUGACGACACUAUCGAUCUCGGAGGAAACAGAAAAACGAGAGCACCUGAAAUUGUUAUGGCGCGACCGGGUCCUGAUAGCAUUGUCGAUUUCCGAAUGGCGGAUACGUGGGCUGUUGGAACUCUUGCCUAUGAGAUAUUCACUAGAGUAAACCCGUUUUACUCUCGCCUGGACAGCGCCACUUACAAAGAAGAAGACCUUCCGAGUUUGUCUCCUUUUAUUACAAAGCCGAUUCGCGAUGUUGUUCACCAUCUUCUACGAAGAAAUCCUGAAGAGAGACUGCUUCCUCACAUCGCCGCAAAUGUUAUUUCUUUAUCUCUCCUGCGAUUGGGCGGAGAUUUUCAAUCAUUUCUUUCGUCUUCUGGGCUGAACACCGUAAUUAAUCUCCAAACCAUACGCAGCGCCCUCAGCACUUCAUGGGAGAAGCUUGCCAUCAAUGCUGAAAAGGUUCUGGAUGAUGUGCUUUUCCUUAUAUCUGCUGAAACUAUUGCUUCUCGUGCUUCUUCACCUGGAGUUUUAAGUCGUGCAGAGCAACAGCUUCGGGCUACUUUUCUUUCUCGUCUGAAUCGUGAUCACAUCUGGGAGGCGGUAGCGUUCUUCCUUCCUAAGUGUCCGGUCCUGAAUGAGGGUGCUUUUGGUGAAUCUGGCGACACAUCUCUUGCAGCUGCCAUCGACAGUAUGGCACUGAAUAACAACAACGGCAUCAUUCAUCGAUAUCGCUCUGUGGUUUUGAGUUAA